GUUGACGAAGAGAAGAAGAAACGUCUUGAAGAGAUCGAGGCCCGCGAGCGUGAGCGAGCAGACCGAGAGGCAAUGGAGAGGCGGCGGCAGGCUGAGGAGGCAGACAAGGAGAUGAAGAAGGAGGCUGAGACACGGGACCAGCGUAUCAAGGCCAGCAUGGAGGCUGCCAAAAAGCAACAGGCUGAUCGAGCUGCCGCAAAUGCUGCGAAAGAGGCGGAGACGCUUUACGCAGACAUGCCUCAGCCGGACGCAGACACUGCGGCAGCGACUGAGGCAGCCCUCAAAGCGGCCGGGGCGAGACCCCAGGUGGACCUGGCGCUCCCAGCUGAGGACCGCGGUAAGGUUGUAUUCCUUGAUGUGGACGGAGUUCUCCGGCCAGCACGAGCAGGCACGUUUGAUAUUAGUACGGACGGUGAUGCCGCCAAACCGGAUACUUCUGACUUCUUCCCUGCGGCCAUCAAGGCACUUCGCCACAUCAUGGAACGGAGUAGCCCUCGUGUAGUGCUUUGCUCUGAAUGGCGACGCAGCGAGACGCUCCUGAAAGCCUUGGAGGAGAUCUUCUACAAGAAUAGGUUGCGAUUGUGGACUGAUGUCACCUCAAAGGAGUUCAAGCUCGAAAAGGGCCCUGACGCCUUGCGCUGCUUUGCGGAGCGCCGCGCCAAGGAGAUCAGCGACUGGCUCCACAAGCACGAGGGUGAGAUCAGUGGCUGGGUAGUUCUCGACGACAUCAAUCUUUCCAUGACAGACGAGGCUGGCAAAGCUCCGUAA